CGGUAAGGUGCAGCCAAACUCACCGAGCACGCACCCCUGCUCCCCGCACACCGAAGAAUCCACCUCACCUCACCUCAAGCUCUCUCACCUUGAACCUGCACUCAUCGUCGACUCUCAACACGACCCGCGGGGCAUCACUCACGUCUCACCCCACCAGUCACUCCGCAUCUCCUUAGCGCACUUGGUCUGUAGCGCCUCCAGUCUCCCGCCUACAAAAGCGGCGCCGACGAUGUCCCUCCUAAUUCAAUUCUUGACACAAAUCCGCACCUUCAUCCGCGCCCAGAACAGCGACGAGCUCCGCAACUGGUUGCUCGUCGAGCCCAAUGCGAACCAGCAAUAUCAUGCUCUCGCCUCGGAGCUCAAGACGCAGUUUCGUUCCUCGCCGCACACGAAUGGUGGUGGCGGCGGCGGCGGCGGUAGCACCAGCACGGCCCUCGAGAACACGAUUGAGAAAUGUCUGCCCGAGGAGGACGACGUACCCGAGGGCCAGGGCUCGCCAUGGCCGGGCUUCGUAACUUUUAUGAAGGACUACAUGCUCUUUUGGCGCGAUGUUGACUAUGGCGACCUUUUGGGCGCGCACACGCUGCUCAGCGGGUUGGUGAACUCCUGCAGCACGGCCUUUGCUCACCCAACCUAUGGCGGCAUGCUCCUCAAGACGGCCAUGUCGCUCUGCGAGUCCCUCGCGCGGCUGACCAUGAUGCUCUCGCGCCGCCCGGACCUGACGCGCAACAUCCGCAACGUCGACGCCGACGACCGCAAGUCCAUCGCCGAGUCCUCGGCCGAGAUCAUCCAGAAGAUAUUCACCACCUGCCUGACGGACCGUUCCAGCGCGCGCUACAGCAAGCCCGAGGGCAAGAAAGUCGGCGUCUACAUGUUUGCCAAUCUUGUGCUGAAACUUCUCUUCGCUUGCCGGCGAACGCACCUCGCGAAACAAAUAUUCACAAACAUCUCGACAAACUCCCCGCCCCUCUCACUCUACCCGGCCGCCCAGCGCGUCACCUUCCUCUACUACCUGGGCCGCUUCAAUCUCGCAAACUGCCACUUCCUCCGCGCCGCCCUCUGCCUCGAGGAAGCCUACCUUCAGAUCCCGCCCUCGCUGACCUCCCACCGCGCCCUCGUCCUCUCCUACCUGAUCCCCAGUAACCUCCUCCUCGGCCGCCUGCCUACCCAGCUCCUCCUCUCCCGCCCGGAAGCCACCUCCCUUGCGCCCGUCUACCACCCUCUGGCCCAGUCCAUCCGUCGGGGCGACUUCGUCCUCCUCCAGCACACCCUCGCGCAGCACGAAAAGUACCUCUUCGACAAGGGCCUCCUCCUCCUCCUGACCCACCGCCUCCGCCCCCUGCUCUGGCGCUCUCUCGCACGCAAGACCUUCCUCCUGACAUACGCCCCGGGGCCGGACGACGCGUCCUCCACCGCCACAAACCGCCGCGCCGCGACCCUCGACCUCGCCGACCUACACACGACGGCGUCCUACCUCCAGCACCGCCUCGAGGGCUACGUCCCCUCUAGGCCCGCGUCCUCGUUCUCCUCCACGUCCGCCUCCCCGGCCUUCCUCGCGGCGGUAUCCCACGAGUCGGCCUCGACACUGGUCCCGCCGCCCGGCGGGCCCCGGAAGCUCCGCCCUAACGAGGGCCUCGUCUGGGGCAACAGCCCCGUCGAGAUGGACGACGUCGAGAUGAAUGUCGCGGCGCUCAUCCAGCUCGGCUUCAUGCACGGCUUCGUCGCCCACUCGCAGGGCCGGUUCGCCGUCAUGGGCGCCACCAAGAAGAGCCCCGUGCUGGCCGGGUGGCCGACCCCGUGGACCGCAGUCCGGGAGAGGCAGUACGAGGAGGAUCUGGACCUCGAUCAUGUGCCCGGGUGGGUCAAGGGGUGAAACGGGACGAGAGUCGCGCAUGAUUGCGGGACUUUUGUUCUGCUGAGGAUCAGAAGUCCGGAGGGUGAGAGAGAAAGAGAAACAAAAACAAGAAAAAGGAGGUUCUUCCUUUCUAGGUAGAGAUGCGCUUCGUGUCGGGGGGGGAAAAAAAGAAAGAAAUGAUACCCUGUUCGCAAUUCCCUUCACCCUCUGCCUCGAGCUGGGUCCGCGUCCCCUAUACCGGCCUUCGCCGCACCCUACCUAUUCUGAUUCCAUCCAAGAAAGCUUCACCGGCGUGUUGGACAUGCAAGCAAGCGCUCCUGCUUACUAGCAACCCCAUUGGCGAGUCUCGCAUGC